CUGGACGGAGCUCCGUCUACGGCGAGGUCGACCCGACUAAUCACCCAAGGAGUCAAGCUGGUACCUGUCCGAUUGUGGUGGGGGCCCGAGGCGGGCAUCGUCCGCUCGGGGGUGGCAGCCUCCGCCGGCGGCGCGUCGUGGCUGGGGAGUGAGCAGUUGGUCCUGGUGGUGACCCUCAGCACCCUCACCGCUCUGCUGCUGGUGUCCAUGCUGCUGCUGCUGUGUGCUAGCUGCCAGGGGCAAAAGAAAACAGUAAAUGGACAUCCAGUAGGAGACAACGAGAACCUGAUGAAUGGAGUGUCGGAGAAAGAAACCAACAGCCAGUCGGUGGACAGUCCGGUGACUGACGCGGCCAUCAGUAGCUCUCACAAUGGUCCUUUAACCAGCGGUACAAUUCUCACAGACACGCAGGACAUCAGUCCCCAGCUGUCAGAGGAGAUGCUUUCCAGUCAAUCCGAGCUGAGGUCCUCCAAGUGCCAUCAGGACCGAGAGCUUCCCAGUAUCCCGCCGAACAACGCCCUCAUCAGAGACAGACCCCCGGCUUCAGAGGAGAGCACUUAUGAGGUGGUGAAGGAAAUGGCGACGGCGUCUCGUGACGUGAGCGUGGAGGACUCUCUGUACGAGACCGUCAAGGAGCUCAAAGACCCCCCCGCUCAACCUCACCUCCCCAACGGUACCGUCCAGCUGAGCCCCGACAAACCUCCAACCCCCCACGCCCCCGCCCUUCUCGGUGGCAACCCCAGCCCCUGCACUCCCGAGCGGGGGCCCCUGUGCGCGGGGGUGGAAUACGCCUCUGUCGACCUGAACAAGAAGAGCCGCCACAGCGCCGACAUGGAGGCCAAGAGGCGCUCGGAUAACGCCGCCGUCCCCUCCCAGAAGCCUCCAGACGAACCGGAGGAGGAGCUACCUCCACCGGUGCCAGAGAAGGUCCUGGAUGAAAAUGACAACCAGCCAGUGGUGAUGAAUGGGCUGGCGGGGGCUGGGCUGCACAAUGGAGAGUUAAACUCCCCCCUGUCUCCUGCGCUGGGCUUCAACCACGAGGUGCUGUCAGACAAUGAGUCAGAAGUGUACUCUACGGUCAACAAAACAAACAGUGACGAAGCGAUGGACGAGGAGGACAGAGAGCACGACUACAGCAGCAUAGCCGAGCUCAACGGUCUGGUCCCGGCCUCCUCGUCCAGCGACCUGUACGCAUCCGUGCGGGACAUCUACUCCCAACCCGACGAGCCCCAGCCGGGGGAGGGCGCCGCCCCGGACGCCACAGAUCCCGGCUACGAAACCAUCCGCAUCCCAAAGACUAAUGGAGGCGAGGGAACAAACCCAGCCAAGGCGGAGCCCGACUACGAGUGCGUCGGAGAGCUGGGCCUCGAUCGAGAAAUGUCCCGUCUUUGAAUCCCCACACACACACACACACACACACACCCCUCAUCAACUUGUGGCGAUGUAGUGGAAAGCUUCCUCAGCGAUAUCUAUCUAAACAGACGGCCAUAUAGUGCUUUAAACCAGCUGUCAAGCAUGCUUUUGGUGCAUGACUUGGGGACAACUCCUCCCCGCUCCCACCAUCAGAGUGCACAUCGUCAUGAUAGCUUGGGUACGGUUUAUCAUAUCCAAACGUCUUUAACUUAUCAACCACGUUGAAUGUGAUCGGUACUGGUAGGCCUUAAGGACACUUGAUUGUGAAAAACGAAAGAAAAAAAAAUCUAAUCAAUCUCCAUUCACAACACAUAUGCAGCAUUUGGACUGUUAGUCAAGGGCACCGUCAAUACUUGAUUAAUGAAUUUGAUUUAUUCAGUGCCAUAAAGUCAUCUAAAAUUCAUCCUCUUGCUGUUCGUGUGAGGGUAAAAUGGUUUUUCUGUCUUUUCUGCAGCAGCUAGUCUCUCCAGCUUCUCCUGUUUGCCUCAGUGUCAUGUUUUAUUGAGAUGUCAGCUUGCGUAUUUCGAAGCGUUUCUGUGUCAGGUCUGCAACCUCCCCGCUGUGUGUUCUCCGCUCGGAGAUCCUGUGAGACGAUUCUGGGCAUGAAAAGUGAGAAAUGGCAAUUUGAUCCGUAGUCAAACAAAGUUCCUACUAAAUCAGCGACACCUCCAGGCUAACGGCGGUUAACCUGCUUACCUACGCUUGUGCGUAUGAAGCGUAACGUGGUAGGAUAAGAAGUUACCUUCAGAACAAAAAUAAAAAAUGGGACAAGGGAGGAAUUUUGUAUCUAUCCAAAAGCAUUAUUAGAAAUUUCACGGUCCAUGUGAACAAUUAUUGUGAAAAAUAUAUUUAUUUGAAGUGUUUAUUAUUGUGUAAUUGUGAAUAUUACAAAUUAUGUCUGUGAGACGGAAGUACAUAGUAUUUUAUAGGACUUUCUAUUAUUUUCAUUAAAAUACUAAGUGGAAAUGAAUAAUGCAGUUAGGUACGCAUUCCUGUGACUAUUUAAAGAAUUUAUUUUUUGAAAAAAAAAACACCUCAUUUUGAGAACUUAUUGCAGUCUUUUAAAUUUUUUUUUUUUUUUACACAAUACAAAGUACUUACUGAUCUGAAAUGACACCACAAAGUUGUGUUACUGUAUUCUUUGCUCACCGUGUUUUAGCCCUUAGGUCUACACUUGGUACAUCUUCAGCUGGCUCGCUCUAAAGCACAACGAACACGGUACUGCAUUCAAAGGCCUCAUCAACAGUAUAAUCACAGUUCGAUUCCAGUUCUGCACAGUUUCAACACUUAAUGCUUUCGAGAAAGGACUUCUCUGUGUGUAGUUUGUACUGACGACAUGCCAACAAAGGCUUGUAUAUAGGUGGAGCAUAUUUUAGCCAACUGUUACUCGCUGGAAAUUUUACGUAGAAUUUUACUUCAAUGUUCAAUGUCCAUUGUGUCUAUAAGGUCUGUUCAGAGCACUGAUGUAUGUCCGAAUUGUUUUAAGAAAACCUUAUUGUCCAAUGAUUUUUGAUAUUUGUAACACCAGACGUAUGGUACAAAUCUGUCGGUACAUGCCAAUUAAAAAGAGCAUGGUACUUUAAUUUAAAAGCUAAACAAAAUAAUUUCCCAGUUCUGUGGAUUAUUUGUGGACGUUUCUUUUUUUUUUUUUUUGUAAAUAUUUUGUUCAAAUGGUGUCUUCUCCCUUUGCAGCAGAAAAUUGCUGUGACUUAUCCCCCACCCCCCCAUAUAAUGGGUCACAUUAGCCAAGAUUUACUGUUAUUCCCUAUUAAGAAACGAAACAUUUGAGAAAUUGCUCCCACAGAGUGAUGUGGCUGCAUGUUGGGCUGCUGACAGUGUUGAAGGACCUCUAAGGAAAUGCCAAAGAGGACAUUUUAGUGCCAAAUCUAAUCAGGACAACACAUAGCCACCGUUAUUAGACACUUUCCUUAAUCACUUACACUCUUUAGCCCCUCAGUUAUGUGAGCACAAGCAGUCGGCUCCCUUCAGGGAUUCGGGGAGUGGUUUAGAUCUGCAGAAGCCCCCUCUCAUUUACCUCUAUAGCCCUCCCCUAAUGAGACCAUUUGUUACCCCCAACAACCAAUGGUGACACCCGUCUUUGAUCAAACGGAAAAGCCUGAUUUGGCAGUUACGCUUACAUCUGUCACUCUUUUUGGCUGGUUUUCAUUGUCUACAUGUAAAUAUUUUAUGAUAUGAAUUGUUCUAUUAAAAUCAAAAUAUAAUGAA